AUGUCUUGGAGCUGUCAACGCUGCCGGCAGCCGCUGCUGCUGCACCCUUCGGUAUCAUCCGAGAUUGAUCUCAACCAAUCAGCCUACGACCUUGUGCAAGACUCGUUCAUUGCUCCACGACAUGCAUCGUCGCCAUCCACAUCCAAAGCGCUUUUGCCCUCCAAGGAAAGCAGCUCUGAAGCUGCUCCAACUACGGCUUCGAGCUCGAGCUCUGCUGGACUCAGCACAAACGAUCCGAAUUCGCUCAGUGCACGUCUAGCCGCUUCAUCGGCGCUCUUUGAUCUACUAUCGCAUCCACCUCGGACCAAGACGGGUAGGACGUCACCGUCCGCAUCUCGCAGUGGGAAAAAGGCACUCAGACUCCGUACACCAAACAAUAGCUCGACGGUGAUAGACCAUCCGUUAUGUAAAGCAUGCACGGAUACACUGUUGGAGAUCAUGGACACGCAAAUGUCCGAAGUGCGCUCGCAGCGCGAUUCGUAUCUCGCUUUUGAGGCCGAGCUGCGCAAGUACAAGUUGCUACCUCAGAUCCAACGUCGUGUUUCUUCUUCUUCAUCGCCCUCUGUAGCCACUGAGAAAGAUAUGACGCACGAUUUGACGGCGAUACGACAACAGCAACUAGAAGAGUGCAAAUCACUCCAACACGAAAUCGCUCAACUGCUUUCUGACGAAUCCUUCGCCCUAUCCGAGCUCAAAGAAGCCGAAGCAGCCCGACUCUCCAUUGAGGCACAACUGUCCACGAUAGCAGAACAAGAGGCUGCCUUGCAACAGGAGGAAGAGCGCUUCUGGUCACAAUACUCUCAACACUCGUUAACCCUGUCCAGAUUGGAGGAGGACAAAGCGUCUUUAGCUAUGGCUGUAGCGCACGACAGGGAGCUGCUAUUACGCUUGCAAUCGACAAACGUCUACACAGAUGCGUUUUGCAUCGGCCACUCGGGUGGUAUCGCUACUAUCAAUGGGUUGCGACUCGGCAGGCUGCCGGGCCAGUCGGUUGAAUGGAACGAGAUCAACGCGGCUUGGGGUCAAACGGCGCUGUUGUUGGACGUGGUAGCAAGAAAGUUGGGCGUAGCGUUUAGAGGGUAUAGGUUGAUACCCAAGGGGUCUUUCAGCGUUGUGUAUCGGUACGAAGAUGCUCGAUCUCAACACUAUUCGAGCGCUUCGUCGACGUCGACUUUGUUUGCAGCAUCGAACGACGCUACUGAAACAGAAGGCGAGGAAACGGCCGGGGAAAAGACAGUAUACGAGCUCUACGGAUCCUCGGAUUGGCAGAUCGGGCGUCUGUUGCAAAGUCGGCGGUUCGAUCAUGCACAAACUGGAUUUUUGGCCUGUCUCAAGCAAGUCGUCGAGUUUGCAGCGAGUGCGGAUCCAACGUUCCAGGCACCACACGCGAUCAACAAGGAUAAAAUUGGAGAGGCGAGCAUCAGGUUGCAAUUCGGAAGCGACGAGACGUGGACCAGGGCACUAAGGCAUGUCUUGGUCAAUUGUAAUCGGGUGCUCAUGUGGGUGAGUGAGAGAGAGAAGCGCCAAGUGCAACAGGCGGAUGGUCGAAGGGCCAUGAGCAAUGGUCAGGAGGCCGAUACGAGGCUUGGCCAAGAUAUCACCGCUUAG